CAUUAAUCAAUGAAAACAAAACCUGUUUAAUUUUCAUUAUCUUUUAAUUAAUCUGUUUAAAGGACUUGCUUAUCAGAUAAAACAGUUUUGUCAUCAGUCGCCUGCGGAUAUACAUGCCACACAAAAGAUAAAUCUUGAAAUAAGGAGGAGUGAUUAGAGUCUCUACGGUAUUUAAACAGUGGCCUUUUCACCUGAACAUGUACAUUGUGCUGUUCAGCGGAUGACAUAGGACAUGUUUUUUCACCCAAUAUAACUGUAAUACGAUCCACGAUCCCGACAAAUGUCAGCAUGUCUCCCCACUCGGCUAUCAAGCUGAGUAUGCGGUGAACUAACCGUGAGGCGAUGACACAUCAUGGAAACACCGGCCACCAGAGGGCUUAGUUAGUCCCAUGGAGGGAUUCAGUCCCAUGGAAGGACCUGUAGUCCCACAGAGGGACAACUAGGGCAGGACUGGACCAAAUUCCACGGCAUCCAUGGUGCUACGUUAUCGAUUACAUAACCGCUACACGCUGGCCUGUCCAGGACCAUCGACUCUCCUCUCGUGCCACUUCCGGUUCCUGUUGCGGUUCUCCAUUGCUGCGGUGGUGAUUGUCUCCACCUCGUCCUUCCUUGCCUGCGUCGUUCUGUACAGGGGAGGCAUCAAACGCGAUCUGGCAGACAAUCAGCUUAUCUCUCCAAAGUUUGUCAUCGACACGGACGGGUGUAAAAUACCCUUUAUUCAUCCGUUCGACCCGUCCGUCAUUCCAUUUCUUGUGAAAUCGGCAAACAUCAAAUGCAGUCAUACAGUACCAUCCUUAACGCUACAGACGUUGACUAAACUCACACUGAACUCGGCCGCUUUGCCAUUCUAUAGAAAUUUAAGCUAUUGCAAAUACACGCCCAUAGUUCGACCGAAAACCAUUUCUAAGAAGUACUUUACUUUCCAGACAGAUAAAAGUGUUUCUUUUCAAAAAGAAUCGUCUAUUAAUACAGACUUCAUUAAAGUAGAAUGCUUUACGAAAGAAGAUAAAUCGCUGUACACGAAUUUUCACGCAUUUGCCGUGCCACAAAAUAGCACAAAGCGUAGACGGCGAUCCACGGAAGAAACGGAAGACCAAGCUUACAAUGUCUUGAUGCUUGGAAUAGAUUCCUUGUCCCGAAAUAGCUUCUACCGGAAUCUGCCAAAGACCCGCAAAACCCUUCUGGACAAAUUAGGUGCCGUAGAGCUAUUGGGAUACAGCAAGGUCGGUGAUAAUACUUUCCCGAACCUCAUCCCGAUCACGCUUGGCAUUUCUGUGAAGGAACUCCGACGUCGAGGCUGGAAUCAGACAGUUCCUUUUGACGACUACGAGUUUAUUUGGAACAAAUUCUCGAACAAUGGGUACACUACAUUGUUUUCCGAGGAUAUGAUUGAUAUAGGCCUAUUCAAUUAUCUCAAGAAGGGAUUCAAAAAUGCCCCCGUCGAUCACUUUUACGAGCCAAUGGGGGCAGCAACGGAGGCCCAUCCGAAACUAUGGUCAAAGAAACACUGCUUCGGCGGAAGACUAGAGACUAAAAUCAUCCUGGAUUACGUGUCCGAUUUUCUAAAUGUGUACAAGGAUACUAGGACGUUCGGAUUUGCCUAUCUGAGCAGAUUCUACCAUAAUUCUGAUAAUAUUGUGAAAGAGUACGAUGAUGUCUUGACCGAUUUUUUGGAAAAUUUCAUCAGGAACGAUCAUGCUCAUAAUACGGUGCUCAUUGUGUUUAGCGAUCACGGGUCACGAUUCGGACAUCUUCGUAAGUCUCCGGUUGGGCGCCUGGAAGAGAGAUUACCUGCAACCUACAUUGUUCUUCCGACCAAUUUUACAAUCGACGCACUCGAGGCCCUCUCCAAUCUGCGCGAGAAUGCCUGGAAGCUGACGACACCGUUCGACAUUCACGAGACAUUGAUGGACAUACUCUACCAGACCCAGAACAGAACUAUCAAUAGUACACACGGGAUCAGUCUGUUCAGUGAAAUCCCACCAGACAGAAACUGUCGGAGGGCAGGCAUAUCUAACCAUUGGUGUACAUGUAGUUUAUUCAAAGAUCUUGACGUUGCUUCAACGAUCGCAAAGGAUUUAGGACAAUUGAUGCUCAAAUAUGUCAAUAAAUUACUUUUGAAAUACGAAAAGUUUUGCAGUCAGCUCGAGUUGAAGGCUAUACACUAUGUAGCGGAGUGGGAUAUCACUGGACGCAAUAGCUCCGCUACAUCUAAUGCUGUCGUCAAACGGGACUACGUAAUGAAGAUGGAGACGACCCCCGGUGGUGCACUUCUGGAAACCACCAUAUUGUACCGGAACGGGAAAUACUACAUCCGUGACUAUGACGGCAUCAGUAGAUUAAACAUGUACAUUGGACAGGCUGAUUGUAUAACAGCAUAUCCUGCUAAGAAAGUGUGCUUCUGUAAAUCUCCCAAAGGUAUUAAAUAGACUCGUUCGUCUACGUUUGUCUUCAAAUACUGUUUAAAACAUGCCUGCUAUACAAUACCCCGGUCCCUAUCUUAAUUAGUUGCACAAUAUAUAACUCGCUACAUCCUUCCUUGUUGUAGGUAUAUUGCCCCUUUAUUGAUCGGCUAUGUUACGUGGAAAAUAGAUUGGUGAUAACUAAUGUAACUUUUGGUUAUUACAUUUGCAAAAUAGAUAGGCCAUCAUCCUUGCACAAUAGAUGCACAGACAAUCUUUUUUAACGUGAAAUGUAUUGGCUUUUAAACUUGCUCAAUUGAUUGGCUACGGUCAGUAUUCAAUGUAUUGAAUAUAUCUGCCAUCAUCCGUCUACGGUUAUUCAGUUCCAUCCUUUAGUUUCUUUAGGUCUUACGGUCCAUAUCUUUACUGUUUGCUCAAUAUAUCAAGCAUUGUUAUUGAACAAUAGAUCCAUUAUCAUUCUUGCAUAAAAGAACGGCACUGCAAAUGUGCAAUAGAAUAGUUCUUACUCUUUCCCUAUAGGUUGGUUACAGACCUUGUAGGAUUGAUCGACUAUUGCCCUUGUAAAACAGCUGCAAUACUGUUUCACGCCUUAUCAGGUAAUAGUCAAAUAUAUUUCCCUCGGUGAUGGCACUAGUCUUACGAUCUGUGCCACCUCAGGAAAUAGUUCAUUAUCGUGGCUUCAAAUAGCUGUUUUGCUUCCUAAUCUAUGUAAACUGAUGAUCGGACUAAAUUUGAUUGGCUGUUGCGCUUCUCUGAUAUCAGCCAAUCAGAAUUUGAAAGGCAAAGAAAUAAAUAUUGCUAAGCAACAUUUUGAAAGAUCUGUUUGAUAAUACCCACGAAUCUUAGAGCGGCUAUAUCAUCUGUACAUCAACUUUAUAUAUCUACUAAUGCCAUUGUGCUAACGACAUUGCAUAAUAGAACAGCAUUCGCACUCUCCUUAGAAGGUCAAUAGAUCAGAUUACCAACCUUUUCCUAUUUUCACAAUAAACCGGCACGGACAUUGUACCCUCGAUACUCCGGGUCGCUCUCUAACGUUCUAUGUACCCCUGGGCUGGACAUUGUCAUGACGACAUGGAGUCGUUACCCGACACGUUGUGAGAAGUACAUAUAAACUAGUUUGAUCCUUUGAUGUACAUCAUAGGAAUAGCACGGCAACAAAAUUGACCGACUUUGAAAUCGGUUGCCACUCCUUUAACUUCAAAAGACAGUCACGUAUCAACAUUGCGUCUGAUCGUUUUUAUACACGAAAUCAAUCAAAUAGCCAACGUAUACGUAGUGCCUUCAAUUGUAUCAUGACACGAGUGUAACCCCAGGACUGUCGAGGAUGACAUCACAUAAAUAAUGACAGAAGUCGACUCGGUCAUGUUAAUAAUACAACGUCACCUUACAAUUAGUAAUAUUUUUAAUAUUAAUAGAAUUAGAAAAUAUAUAUGAAAAUGGCUGUGAUAAUUUCAAAAGAUUGCUUUCUCAGAUCUGGAUAUAAUACAUUCUUAAAUUCAUUUUCACUGAAAUCACUAAUGCGGCUUGAUAAACAUAAGCCAUACACCAACAUGUACUUUUAGUGUGAAUUCACCACAUUAGCAUACACCAUUACUGCAGCUGUUACAAUACAAUACCUAUUUUACCAUGUGCAGCAGUCAAAGGGUGAUGCUUUAUAUCACUGUACACCUAGGCUACAGGUGAGGGACCUUGAACUCCAGCUCACAGACUUGUUGCUGCUGGUAUUAAAUGACAUGGUAAAACUUCAUUAUAAUGCCUCUGUUAUAUGUACAACCUCCCUUACAAUGGUAACUAUAAGGGAUAUUGUCUUUCCAGCACUCUUCAUAAUUUCUCUAUAUUUCUGCAUGGAUAUAUCGCCUAUACAGAGAUUUUAAGCUGAUUUGUCAAAGGCAUUUGAAUGAAGUUAUUUAUCAUUCUGUAAUUCCAUUUUAAAAUGAUUAAAUCUGAAAUUGGAAACUUGGAGAAAGGAGGUGGAUCUGAAGUAUCAAACAAUAGUCAUCCUCCAAGAGACUGAAUGGAAUACUCAUCUAAAAUUUUGUAAAAAGAAGAUGAAACAUUUACUCAAAACUCUGAAUUUCCAGUGAACAAAUUGUCUGGGUUAAUUAUAUUGGGAAUAGCUUUUGACCUAUUUCCAAAAUUGAGAUUAAGGUAAAGGGUACCACAGCACCAGUCAUAAUGAGGAAGAAGACUUACAUUUCAGUGCUGUUGG